CUCCUUUCUUCUCUUCUCCUCUUCUGUCCAUCUCCCUCCUCCUGCUGGUCAGUCGGGGACAGAAACAAGCAGACUGACAUCUGGAUCAGCAGCAGGAGGAAGAUCUCAUCCCAUCGCUCUGCAGGGUGGGAAAUUCCGUCACGUUUUUUCAUCUGUGAUGCUUUCAUCUCAGAGGACGGUCUGAACACGCUGGGAAGAACCGGCCCCCGAUGCUCCAAACGGCCCAAAAAAACUGAAGAGUUAACUUAAAUCACUUCCGCUAACACUCCCCCCCCUCCAAUCAUGCUCCCGCUCACCCGCUGCCUCCUAUCCCUCGUCCUCCUGGCUGGCCCGGCACUUCUGACUCCAUCAGCAACGAGGGGGUCGGAGGUCAGAGGUCAACAUACAACAAAGCAUGAGCAGGACUAUAUUAAGGUUGUCAUCUCAGAAGGAUGUGUCACACAUGGAAAUUCAUCUGAAGGAGAAGGGAAAGAAGUUGCGCUGGCUCCCGGUUCUCCUUUGGUCCUCACCCACACAAUUAAACUGGUUCCUUCUGGGUCUGGGUCUUGCGGCUGCGAGGCAGACGUUGCAGCCCUGAGAGAACGCCUGGAGAGGCUGGAGAGGGAGGUGUCCGACCUCCGGGAGAAAUGUGACGGAGCUGGAGGAAGCUGCUGCACCUCUGAGAGCAAAGGUGCAGGCUGCUCCAUCAAACCAGAAGGUGACGAAUGUCCCAACGAGUGCAGCGAUCAGGGUCGCUGUGAGGACGGCAAGUGUGUCUGCUUUCCGGGUCACAGUGGGCCGGACUGCAGCGAGUCCAGCUGCCCAAAAAACUGCAACGACAGGGGGAAGUGUGUGAAAGGACAGUGCGAGUGUGAUCCGGAGUUCUCUGGUCCCGACUGCUCCCAGACCGCCUGCCCCGGCAACUGCAGCAGAAGGGGAAGGUGUGAGAAGGGCAAGUGUGUGUGUGACAGGGGCUUUACUGGUCCUCGAUGUGCAGACAGGUCCUGUCCUGGAAGCUGCAACAGGGGGAGCUGCGUUAAUGGACGGUGUGUGUGCGAUCCCGAAUUCACCGGCCCAGAUUGCUCCAAAAAGGCCUGUCCGAACGACUGCAACGGCCACGGUCGAUGUGAAAGUGGUAAAUGUGUGUGUGACAGUGGCUUUACCGGUGCAAACUGCUCAGAGAUGGCCUGUCCGGGAAACUGCAACGACAGGGAGCGUUGUGUCAAUGGACAAUGCAUUUGUGAGGAUGGAUUCACUGGGCGGGAUUGCUCAGAAAGAACCUGCCCUAAUGGCUGCAGUGAUCGAGGGCGGUGUGAGAACGGCAGGUGUGAGUGCAGCCCCGAAUUCACCGGUCCCGACUGCUCCCAGACCACCUGCCCUGACGACUGCAAGAACGGAGGCAGCUGUGUUGAUGGGCAAUGCGUGUGCCAGAAAGACUUCACUGGGCCGGAUUGCUCAGAAGCAGCUUGUCCAGGGAACUGCAGCAACAACGGGAAAUGUGAGAACGGAAAGUGUGUUUGCUCUGUGGGCUUCAUCGGGCCAAAGUGCGGCACCCAAGUCUGCCCCAAUAAAUGCAGCAACAGGGGAAACUGCAUGAGAGGGAGGUGCUUGUGCCAACGUGGGUUUACCGGAAAGGACUGCAGCCAGUGUGAGAAGGGCUUGACGGGACCAAACUGUGACACGGUCAUGUCAGAUGUUUCUCAGCUGAAGGCUCAGAACGUCACAGAGACGUCGGUCUCUCUGGUUUGGACGCCACCUUCGGUCCAGUAUGAGACCUACCACAUCGUCUUCACCAGCGAGAAAGAAGGUGACCAGCAGAUAGAGCUGCAAGUGGGAGGACAUCUGACCACCUUCACUCAGACUGGUCUGGCUGCCGGACAAAAGUACAGAGUCAGCAUUGUUGGAGAGCUCAAAGGCAGACGGGGCAUUGAGAGCAACACUGAAUUUAUGACCCUCAUUUCUGGUCCAACCAAUCUUCGAGUUGUCAAGACGACCUCCACCACAGCAGUGGUACAGUGGGAGCCUUCACAGGGGGCCAUUGAUAGAUACCGUUUGACCAUCAGCCCACUCGAUGGAGUAGGGAGAACUCGAGAAAUGACCGUAGGCCCUGGAGAAAGCUCUGCUCUCAUUCAGCGGUUGGAGGCGGGGCGUGUGUAUGACAUCAUACUCGUGGCGGAGAAGGGGCUGAGCCGAAGCCAACCAGCAACCACCCAGGCGGUUCCUGGCAAGACAAUACCCGGGAUGGAAAAAGAGGCUUUGGCCUUGCAGGUCCCUCAAGCGCCUGGAGAAGAUAUUAGCAGCACGGACCAGGAACUGAACCCAUCAUCUAAAGAGAAACAGAGUACAACGGAAGAUGGGGGUCAAGCUGAUUUAGUAGGGUUCAAAAGUUCAAGUAACCCAAACAGAAAUUAUUCCUCCACUGUAAUAGCUAGAACAAAGCCUUUGCCUGGUCAAAUUCUGACGGGAAAUGUCACCAGACCCAAAGAUGCGGAAAGGGCUACAGUUUCAAGUACAAAGUUUCCUAACUGGCAUUCUUAUAACCGCACAAGAGUUGCACCAGGAGUGAGAAGGGUUGUCUCUAGGCAUCCGAUAAAGUCAACCAAACAAGCUAAACCAGGUGUUUCCAACAUCAACGACUCUGUUGGAGUCACAAGUUUGGAUCCACCAAUUUCUGCUUGGAGAGAUGCCACAAAUCCAGUCGUAAUUCCUGCCAAUGAAUCAGAACCUCAAAAGCCUGAGGAACCAACGUCUACGCUUGGCUCAAACGUACAGCCCCAAGGUGACACUGUUGAGCUUAGACGUGACACAGGGAUCUUACAUAACCAAGAAAAUAAGUAUCUAAAUAAAAUGAAGGGGAAACAUGUCAGAUUACCCCUGAGGGCCAAACUCAGUGGUAGUAGAGAGAAUGAGGAAGGGCAGGGAGAAAGCUCAAUGAGCACGGACCUGAAGGCUGCUCCUCCACAAACAGUAAGCGACCAUGACACUACUCCAGACAAACCAUUUAGUGAAACAUUUGACAGUUUGAAUAUUACGACUAAAUCUGUCCUUCUAUCCAAACCAGUGAACCUCUCAGCUGAUGCAGAAACAGUGAGCAAGCAGAUUACAGGUGGACUGAAGCCCCUUUCUUCCUCUUCUGUAUCUUAUUCACAACCAUCAUUGAACUCAUUAAAUUCUAAAUCUGCAUCACAUGCAAAUUCACUUACACCCCAGCGCCGCAUGCAUUAUCGUGGGAACACAAAUCGAAAAUACAGGAGACCUCAGAAUAAAACUCACCAACAGCUAAGAACUCCCCAGGACUCUAGGUUGAACCAAACAAAACAAGAAUCAUUGCCCUCAUCCUCUCUGCCACUUGCAGUUAAUGAAAUGGUGAGGGAUAAGAUAGCAAACAGAAGAUUAACAACGGGGCGUAGAUCAGAUGGAGCUGAACAUGUGCCGACGGAAAGGAGAAGAUUUGUUUUUCCACCACCAAGACGUCCCCCCAAUCCCUCUUUCACAAGAGGUCAGAAUCAAACAUUUACAAACACAGAAGUUUUGUCUCUUCAAACGACUAACCCCAAAGAUGCCCCACCUCAUGACCCUGAGCCAAAAAGAGAAGAAAGAAAAUGGGUUGGAACGGGGAAAUCCAUACCCAACCUUUCAUCUCAGCACAUCACAAGACGAAAUGGACGCCCUUUAUCCCUCGAGCCAAACUUACAUCGCCGACCACCAUAUGGUGGAGCUUACCAAAACACAAGAAGCAUGAGACCACCACAUAACCGACCUAUUCCCAAAUCUCUCCCAACCAAAAUGCCAAGCAAAACUGCUGUAAGUCAAAAUGAUGAACUAAAAAAGAAUAGCACUCCUGACAACCAAGAAAGGGGGCAGAGUCUCAACAGAUCUAUCCAUGGAUCCCAAAAGACUCAGUCAGGAGAAAAAGAAACAGUUCCAAUUGUUGAAAAUGCUCAGAUAGACAGGGACAGCGCAAACACCAGAGCACAACCUCCUGAAAUGGAAAGGGAAGACAACUCGUUGAUUGAUACAGAAAAAACUUCUGAGUUUCAUUUCCAAAAAGAGAAAACUAACUCUGAGGGUGUUGGUGAGAAAUAUAAAGGUAUCUCCUCUCAUCAAACAAAUUACUCAGAAGAAACGAUAAUCAACCCAGAAUCUGAAAAGACAGUGGGGGCAACAAAAGAUGCCACUUCUGCUGGAGAACCUUUGGAGUUUGUCAAAGUGACAAACCGAAGCACAGAUGGAUUUACGCUCACAUUGGGCACACCAGAGGGGAAGUUCGGACAUUUUGUUGUGAGCUCUACAGAGGCUAAAAAGGCGGAAGAAUUGCCAAGGAAGGAAGCUGAACAAAAUAAUUUGACUCAAGAACCAAAAAAUGGUGCGAUUGUAGAUGACAACUAUGUCGGGCGAAGCACCAAUGGAGCCAAACCAACGGAAAGUAAAACAGUGCAGCCUGGAUCAGCUCAAUUGCACCAGUUCAAGGAUCUGCCUUCACAGACGCAAUACAACGUCCCCUUGCCGGGAAUGGGUCCCGGCCUUCAGUCCAGUCAGCACAAGCUUGUCAUCAGUACAGGCCCAGAGCCUCCAACCAACAUUGCCUUCAGUAAGGUGACGGAAAACUCUUUGACGGUGUCGUGGACUAAACCCAGGAGUCGAGUUAGUGGUUUUAAAGUCACUUAUACCCAUGCAGAUGAGGGUGAGCCGGUGUCAGUGACACUGGACUCGGGGGACUCCUCCCUUGACCUGUCUCGACUCUCUCCUGGAUCCACCUAUGAGGUCACCAUCAUCUCCACUCUUGGCCUGGACGAAAGUGACCCUAUCAGAGACUCUGUCAUGACACUUCCUGACCCCCCCACAGACCUGCGUGCCAUAAAUGUCACCGACUCCACAGCCUUGUUGUUAUGGCGUCCAGCCUUAGCUGCCGUCUACAAGUACGCCAUUGUUUAUGGCUCAGAAACAGAAUCACAGAAAAGGCUCACGGUUUCUGGAAAUGCAGCAGAGCAGCAGCUCAGCUCUCUGAAGGAAUCCACCACCUACACCGUCACCAUAACCAGCCUCCUGGGCAGCCGGGAGAGUUCAGCAGCCACCACCAGCUUCACCACCACCGCCAGCGGGAGGGAUGCUGAUGGACCACGAGACCUCCUUGCCACCAAUGUAACACCCCGCACUGCGGUGUUGUCAUGGAAACCACCAUCAAAGCCUGCACAAAGAUACUUACUGACCUAUCGGACCCAAGGCCAAGAAAUAAAGGAAGUGAUUGUGGAUGCCGCAGUGACACAGUAUAACCUGACCCGACUACAUCCGGGCUCUCUGUACUCAGUACAGCUGAUCGCAAUACGAGGACAACACAGACCCUCCAUCUCCACCACAUUCACGACCGGCAUCCUGAAGUAUCCCUACCCCACUGACUGCACCCAGGAGCUGCUGAACGGCAUCCGCACUUCAGGAGAGGUGGAGAUCUUCCCUCAGGGGAAGCUUGGAACACCCAUGGUGGUUUACUGCGACAUGGAGACAGAUGGCGGGGGCUGGAUGGUCUUCCAGAGGAGAAAAGACGGCUCUGAGGAUUUCUUCAGAGGCUGGAAGGACUACGUAAAAGGAUUUGGAAAUCUGAAUGGAGAGUUCUGGUUUGGUCUUGAAAAACUCCACAACCUGUCAACGAUGGCCAAGAUGAUUCUGCGGGUUGACCUGAGAGAUGGAGGCGAGUCCGUGUUUGCGAAGUACUCCACGUUCGAGGUGGCCAAGAAGUACUACAGACUCAAAGUAGGGGGAUACAGCGGCACUGCAGGCGACUCUCUGAGUUACCACAACAAUCAAGUCUUCUCCACCAAAGACCGCAACCCGGCACCCUCCAUCACCAGCUGUGCCAUGUCCUAUCGAGGAGGCUGGUGGUACAUGAACUGCCACGAAGCCAACCUGAACGGCCUCUACGGCAUCGACGUCAAGCACCAGGGCAUCAUCUGGACCUCGUGGAAAGGAAAGGACCACUCCAUCCAGUUCACUGAGAUGAAGAUGAGACCGGCCGACUUCAGACCUCCUCCCAAAAAGUGAAGCCGAGGAAAAUGAUGAACUGCUAAACACACGCUUAGACAGCAGUGUGUCCAGAUGCACACAGAGCUGUGCUUCUACAUGAGGAGAGUUUUCUGGGUCUUUUCCAUUUGUAUAAAGUCAGUUAUAGUAUAUUUUGUGCAGAUUAAUUCUCUUUUGCUAAAUGUAGAGUUCCUCUUAUUUUUCACUUGGGCAGCUCUGAUGUACGUCAUCUAAAAAAAAUCUUUUGCUUGAACUUUUCUUUCAGGAAUUUUCUUUUUUUUAUCUCUGUUAGUCAAACUAAAUGUCAGACUUGGAUGUGACAAACUUUAAAUUCAUUCUGCUUCAGCUCAGCAGCGCCCCCCUUCAGUACUAUGAGGUACCACACUGUGGUGCUCCAACAACCAGGAGGUCAGGUCUAACUUUGCACCUGCUGGAGUUUCCUCACCGAGGUUUUUUCUCUCCGUGUUGCUUUGUGCUGUUUCAGUUACCAGUUAUCAGUGUUUUAUGUCUCUUUCUAUGUAUGGGGCCUUUAAAAAAUAAAACAAUUUAAAGUAAAAA